UGAAGGGAGAUAAAGAGAGAGAAAACACUGAAUCUCAUUGUAGAACUUAUUGGUGCACCUAUGAGCUAAGAAGCUGGAGAGAAGAAGAAAAGGAAAGUAGGCAAAGAAAGCACGGCUAAAGCAGGAACCUCAGCAUCUCCAAACUAAGACAAAGCUUUGUAAAACUUGUUUGAAUUCAAGGAGGAUUAGAUAGAACUGUAGGGUGUAAGAGCAGUGAAGUGUCUGCUAUAAAGCUCUGCUGUUGCUGCUAUGAGCCUGCUCAUCUUAUUCUCAGUUCUCCUUGCGUCUCUGAGUGGUGGCAGAUGUGCUGUGAUCACUGGGGCAUGUGACAGGGACAUCCAGUGCGGCGUAGGGAUGUGCUGUGCAGUCAGUCUGUGGCUGAGGGGCCUACGAAUGUGCACGCCAGAGGGGUUUGAGGGAGACGAGUGCCAUCCGUUUAGCCACAAGGUACCUUUCCCUGGGAAGAGACAGCAUCACACCUGCCCCUGUCUGCCUCAUUUAGUGUGCACCAGAUUUGCUGACAGCAGAUACCGGUGUACCAACGAUUACAAAAGUAUAGACUUUUAAAUGCAUAUAUUAGAGACAGGGAGAAAACAGAGGACUGUGAGCUAGGAGAAAUGAGCACUUGAAAGAAAAAUUAUAAGAUAAUAAGUGCCACGGUCCCUGAUUUUGUUUAUCACAUUCAUGCACUUUGCACUGUACACUCUUAUCAUUUUUCCAAAAUAAUAGUGGAAAUGUCAUACUUGUUUACACUGGCAUCUAAUAAGCCAUGUGCACAGUCUGAGUUAGUAUAGCAAACAGC